CCAGAAGUUGCUUUCUGGGGAGGCAUGCUGGUCCAUGCGGCCUUUUUAAGAUUCCACCAUGGCGUACCGUGGCCAGGGCCAAAAGGUGCAGAAGGUGAAGGUGCAGCCCAUCAACCUCAUCUUCAGAUACCUACAAAAUAGAUCUCGGAUUCAGGUGUGGCUCUAUGAGCAAGUGAAUAUGCAGAUAGAGGGCUGCAUCAUUGGUUUUGAUGAAUACAUGAGCCUUGUGUUAGAUGAUACAGAAGAAAUUCAUUCUAAAACCAAGUCAAGAAAACAACUGGGUCGGAUCAUGCUAAAAGGAGAUAAUAUUACUCUACUACAAAAUGUCUCCAACUAUAAAUCAUGUCGGAUCAUGCUAAAAGGAGAUAAUAUUACUCUACUACAAAGUGUCUCCAACUAGGAAUCAUCAGUGAAGUGAGAAGUUAAGAAUCUUAUACAGUUGCUUUUUGUUUUUUGAUUUUUGGGUUCUUUUUUUUAGUGUUCUUUGCUGGGAAUCUAAGAAAACAUCCAUUCAUAUUGUUUGAUGAGCCCUUUUGUUAAGAUGUUUGCACAAUUCUGAUGACCUUGUGUUAUCAUCAGGUGACAAUAAAUG